AUGUCUGGUGGCUGGUUGGGGUGGCUACAAUACCCCUGGAUCAGUGAGCAGGCGCCCCUCACAGAAUCGCUCCCAAGCGUGGACCAGUUUGUUGAAGACGCAAUCAUGCGCACCAAGGCUAGCAUCCUUAGUAGUAAAUUUGUUCCUUGGAAAUUCCAUCCUCGCCGUCAGGAUUUCGAACCCUCGGCAGAUAUCGAAUUUCCAUUGAUCAAACUUAUCGUUAUCAACGAGACCUCAACGGCCCCAGCAUGGUCCCCUCGCAGCUAUAUUAAUGGAAAUGAAAGCUACCAAAUAAAAAUCACGGAGGCCGGCGAAGCACAAAUCUCGACGGCAUCGCCUAUCGGCACUAUUCGUGCCCUUCAAACAUUCCAGCAACUCUUUUACGCUCAUUCUUCCGGUUCAAAGGCCUACACAUCCCUUGCUCCAGUUUCAAUCUUGGACUCCCCAAAAUGGCAGCAUCGAGGACUGAAUCUCGAUAUAUCCCGAAACGUAUUUCGACCCGAAGAGGUAAAACGUACAAUUGAUGCAAUGGCAUCCGUAAAGUUGAAUCGGCUUCAUAUCCAUGCUGCCGAUUCACAGUCAUGGCCAUUAGAGAUUCCCUCAAUCCCGGAUCUAGCAAGCCGUGCCGCGUACCAUCCGAGCCAGAUAUGGUCCCCUGCCGAACUGGGGUCAGUCCAAAUGUAUGGACUAGAACGGGGCGUGUCGGUAUUCCUGGAAAUUGAUUUGCCCGGCCACACCGCUGCCAUCGGUCAUGCGCUUCCCGAAGUGGUUGCGGCCUUCCACAUGGAUAAGUGGGAGACAUACGCUGCCGAACCACCAAGUGAAUACUUCCAUACUGGAGGAGACGAAUUUAAUCUCAACACCUACCUCCUAGAACCUAACCUCGGCUCGAACGAUCGACGUGUCCUCACGCCCCUUCUUGCCAAAAUGGUCAUGCGGGUGCACGAUGCUCUUCGGGGCGCUGGCCUUACCCCGAUUGUAUGGGAAGAGUUGGUCCUUGAUUGGGACCUUGGCUUGCCGUCACAAACACCAGAACCAGAUGGUGGAAACCGAGGAGUCAUCGUGCAAGCAUGGCGAAACUCGUCCGCCAUCAAACAGGUUCUCCAAAAGGGAUAUCGGACUAUAUUUGGCUCAGGUGAUGCUUGGUACCUCGACUGCGGGGUUGGUACUUUCUUAAAUCCUCGCCCAGGUUCAAAGGCCAUCCAGGAUCCAUAUCUAGACUGGUGCGCACCUACAAAAAAUUGGCGCCACAUGUACAUUUAUAACCCACUGGAGGAUAUACCAGAUGAGCUACAGCCCUUACUCAUCGGUGGUGAAACACAUAUGUGGACUGAGCUUGUUGACCCAGUAAACAUGGACCAAAUGAUCUGGCCUCGCGCUGCGGCUGCAGCAGAAGUUCUGUGGGCAGGUGCUAAAACGGCAGAACACAUUCAAGAUGCAUCAUAUAGAUUGGCGGAAUGGAGAGAACGAGCAGUUGUCGAUAUGAGAAUUGGCGCAGCAAUGGUUCAAAUGACAUACUGUCUAAUGCGGGAAAGCGGAUGUGAAUUGUAA